AGCAACACGUAUUUACCAAUCAUAAGUAGCUAGCUAGAAACUGUUCGGAUUUAAGGAACAAAUUUACCCCUAAGUGAAAUCAAAUACUGCUCCCCACCUAGAAAACCAACCACAAACUCCUUUCAACUGUGCAACCACACUGUGCUGCAAUGUCCAGAUCGGCAAAGGGCUUUGGCCGCCUAAUCAAUCCGGGCGUGGUGCUCAAUCCGGAACUGAAUCAAAAGAUAGCCGCCUUUGAGGCCAUGACCAUGGAGCGAUCUGAUCUGGAUGACGAGUUGAGCCGAUUGCGCAAGCAGCAGGACGUCACCGAGGAUAAUGUGGCAGAGGCGCUGGCCGAGGACGAGUUCCAGUGCACUUUGAGGGGCCAGUCAUUCGUUGGUCCCAGCGAGGAGGAACUGCAGCUCAUCCUGAGGAAUCAACUCGGUGGCAUUAUCAACAAGCUGGCUGCCAGGUACGAGCGUCUUAUUUACCUGGAUGCGGACAUCAGAAAGCUGAAGGCAGCCAUUGAGAAGGCCAUCAUAGUGGCUAAUGAGGAAUCGGCAGCCGCCGCCUCAAUGUGAAGAAGUUUUCCCCCAUUCGUUGUAUUUCUACAUACUCGUCAAUUCACUCUGCAAGAACUUACAACUUCACCAUGUGUGCCGCCAAAAUAAGCCUAUAAUCAGUAAAAUAUGUGUUACUUUUGGAUUGCCCCCAACCGUUCGAUGGCACGCGAAAUCCAUUCAUUCCGCUGGUCAUCUUAAAUCACUUGGGCGAAAUUAAAGCCGCAACAAUCUCAUUUCCGGUAAUUCUUUAUGCACUCGCGCACAGACAAUCCCACAAUCCCACGCGAGUCAGAAGACAUUGUGAAUUUAAUUGCGUAUACGCACUGUUGCCACUGCUUCCUCUGCGGCAGUGUUGCUACACUCUGCUGACUCUAUCGUUAAGUGCAUAAAUUCAAUAAUGCCGAGCGUCUGGCGGUGUCAACGCGCUGCAGAGAUAUAGACUGGCAGGAUCGAUAAAGCUACAGCUUGAAAAUUUAUGGAAUUUCCUGUGCAAUGGAAAUGCCUGCCAUUUACUGCAUUUAUUUAAGUAAGCCACUGCUGCAAAAUCUAAAGAAAAAUGCGAUUGUUACAACAAAACCCAAAAAUGUUCAGAAACUAAAGAAAAUAAUUGUACCUAU